GGUCAGUGUUCCACGGGCUCCAUCCAAUGCUGCCAGAAUGUCGUGCCCGGCGACUCUGACUUGGGCACUCUUCUGCUCGAUGAGCUCGGCAUUGUCCUCGAGGACCCAACCGUGCUAAUCGGCGACGGCUGCGACCCCAUUACCGUCGCCGGCUCUAGCGAUGCUUGCUCUGCCACGGCCGUCUGCUGCUCGGAUAACAACGUGAGCGGCGUAAUUGCCAUCGGCUGCCUUCCUGUCACGUUGUAA